GACUGCAUAGUCUGUCUCCAAAUUAUACCGUUCCGUUUUCUGGUCCCCAUUGACAUGACCAAUAAAUACAGAGAAACCGGGAAGUAGCUUGAAACGAAAAUAAAUAAAUUCACGUGGAAUAAGGAUGAAGAAGGUACAAGGAAAGAAGAGGAAGAACAAGUCAAAGACCAGUGCUAUUAAAUUGUCAAAUAAACACUUGAACAAACUUGGAAAACAAGGAAAACUAAAACAGGAGUCCCUACAAAAGAAAUUAAAACAAAAAAGACAAGAAAAGUUGAAAAAUAAAAGAAACAACAAUGAAGUCAAUGAUGCAGUUGCUAACGUACAUGCAGCAUCUGAGGAUAUAACAGAAGAAGAUGUUAGUUUCUACAGCAGUAAUCGACUUGGAAACAGUUUCAUAUCAGCAAUAAGCAACAGGGUGCUUGGUAAUGAUGACAAUAAAAGGGGAAGAAAGAGAACUAAAGAUGAAACAGAUGGGGAUGAAGAAGAUUAUGAACAGUUGCCACGGAAACUGACAUCAUCUGCCAAGAAGAUGAUGCUUCCAAUUAAAACAAAACAUGGCCUCAUACCCCAAAUGAUAGACGAUGAAUUGGAGAUAGACGAUGACACUGAGAUCAGCACAGAACAAAUUAAGGAAGAAAACUUUGAAGAAUUACCAGAGACUAAGAAAUCUCUGCCAGUCUUGAAUGGAGUUGAUUUAUAUGUGAAUCGGCAGAAGAAAUUGAUAGAGAGGAAACAAAAAAUUGCUGCCCUAUCUAGUGCUUUGAUUUCAAACCCAGAUGAAAAUAUGAAGAAACUGCGUGAGUUAACUUCAAUGUUAAAGGAAAGAGAUCCAGACGUUUUGGUGACAGUGCAAAAGUAUGUUAUGGUGUCUUUACUUGAGGUGUUCAAAGACAUUAUACCUGGCUAUUAUAUCAGAAUGCCGACUGAAAAAGAAGAGAAUCAAAAGAUGAAGAAAGAGACUAAAGCUGUUUUGGACCAUGAACUAACCUUAGUCAAAUGUUACAAAGAUUACCUAGAGUUUCUUGAGAAAACAGCUAAAGGUCCAAGACAUGAUGAGAAAGCCAAUAAGAAACAGAGAAAAAGGGACAUGAUUCAUGUGCCAAGACAAGCUCAGCAGGUAUUGACAGAGUUGUCUGUGAAAUGUUUAUGUGAAUUAUUGAGCACUCAUCCUCACUUCAACUACAGAAACAACAUUAUUAUGGUUCUUGUACCAUAUUCAAACAACAGAAAUUCUAAGAUCUCUGACAUGGUAUGUGAUUGUGUGAGGAAAUGUUUCCGUGAAGAUAAAGGAGGGAGUGUAACACUAGAGAUUACAAAGGGUAUUGGAAGAAUGAUAAAGGCCAGAGAAUUCAGGGUGCAACCAAAGGUGCUGCAGACGUUUUUAUCACUGAAGAUUAAAGAAGUGAGUUAUACAGACCCUCUGUCCAAAGAUGACAAUCAGAAAGAUCAAAAGAAUCACAAAUUAAAUGACAAAUUAUCUAGAAAGGAGAAAAAGAGGAAGAAAAGACUGAUGUUUGUAGAAAAAGACCUGCAGGAAACCAAGGCAACUGAAGAUAAGAAAUUAAGAUUGAAAUUGCAUACAGAGACCAUACAAACAGUGUUUUUGACAUAUUUUCGUAUUCUUAAAAAAGCAACAAGUUCGGUAUUGUUCCCAUCAGUUCUUGAAGGUCUUGCCAAAUUUGCCCAUUUGAUCAGUGUGGAUUUCUUUGAGGACUUGUUUACAGUAUUUAACACUCUCAUAGCUGAGCAGGAAUUAAGCUACAGAGAAUCUCUGCAUUGUGUUCAGACAGCAUUUACGAUACUAGGUGGACAAGGUUCUGUGUUGAAUAUAGACCCUGUGAUAUUUUACAAACAUCUCUAUAAACAUCUGUUCAAUAUACAUGCAGGCAAGACUUCAGAAGAUGUUGGGAUUGUUUUGAAGUGUUUAGAUGUAAUGAUUAGCAAAAGGAAAAGACAGAUGUCACAGCAACGUGUUCUAGCAUUUAUAAAACGAUUAGCUACACUAAGUUUACAGCAGACGACAUCGGGAAUGCAUGGACUGCUUGCUGCGAUUCGCAGUUUUAUGAUGAUGUAUAAUUAUACAGACAUCCUACUGGACAAUGAUUCUCAGGGUAGCGGAACGUAUCUUCCACAGUUACAUGAUCCGGAACAUUGUUAUGCCCAUAAUACAGUGCUCUGGGAGUGUACUUUACUGCAAAGUCAUUAUGAUAGAGAUGUAAGACGGUUAUGUACAUGUAUAGGUAAUGGAUCGUUAACAACUGGAGAAGGUCAGCUGCCGGCAGAACUACGCAAGUCACCUCUUGAAUUGCUACACACUGCAGAAAAGACGGAUAUCUUUCCCAAAUAUAUCUCACAAAAAGUAUCAUCUAAGAUUCGACAGAGGGAAAUAAUUCAAAAAGAUGUUGAGCAGGCACUUGUGACGUCAUUACAAUCCGUUAGUGACUCUUUUACCUAAACUAUGUGAUCUUUACUUUAAUAAAGUAAUUUAUCAUUAA